GUUACUCUAGGUAUAAGUGCUUGUAAGAACACAGGUCACUUGAGGUUAGGUGAUACUGCGUCAUGUUCAGACUUCGUUGACACACCAGCUGUUGACGGCAUGGACCUACCAGUUAGCUAGAAUGUCAUGUUCACUUCAAGUUCUUUGCUUGCUUGCCUUAAUUGUUGGCGGUUCGUCAUCGCGGGCUUUGCUUGGGAAUUGGAGUAGGAGGUCUCCGCCCCCACCGCCUCCUCCGAAAGACGCGUCCUCAACUUCCGCAAGAUGCUAUACGCUUAUAUUCCCGUGGUACUUCCAAGUCCCCUGCCCCCCGCCACCGCCGCCAUCUUCGCCUCCUCCCCCACCCUCGCCACCGCCGCCGCCACCCCAGCAAUACCCACCACCCCCUCCACCGCCGUCGGGGCUACCACCAUCGGAGCCCUCCGCGCCCUCUCGGCCACGCCCGCCGCCUCCUCCUCCGCCCUCUCCCAGCCGCCCUCCACGCCCAUCACCGCCUCCUCCCUUACCACGGUCUCCACCCCUGCCCCUGCCGCCGCCACCACCGCCUUCCCCGCCGCCCCAGCCGCCCUCCCAGGUCCGCUUGCGGCCGCCCCCGCCACCUCCUCUGCCCGCCCAGCCGCCUCCCCUACCCUACCCGGCGGGUGCCAAUGCGGGCUCCUCCUCCGCCGCCGCCCCUGUAGAGCGCCAGCUGGAGGGCGUGUUCCAAGGCGUGCUGGCAGGUUUCGCCGCCGUGUUGGGUUUGCUGGCGCUCACCCUCUUCGUGAGGCACAUGCGCAACCGGUCUGUAGGCGCGCGGUUCCUCGCACGACUGGGCUUCCCAGGCUUCGCGCGGCCCGGCAACGGCAGCAGCAGCAGCAGCAGCGGUCCCAACACACGCCAGGACAACGGGGGUGACGGCGGUGGCGGUGGUGGUAGCUCGGGUGUUGCCGCUACUGCCGGCCGCAAUGGCCGCCCCCCGCCUCCCGCCGUUCCGCUGUACACUGUUGAGUUGGGCGCUCUGGGCGGCGGCAAGGUGACGGUGCAGGUCGUGGGAGGGGAGGGGCGGGCAGCGGCUGCAGCUGCGGGGGCAGCAGGUGGGGUGGAGGCAGUGCCAGCAGCAGCAGGAGCAGCAGCCCAGGUAGAGGCGGUGGCGGUAGAGGAUGCAGGGCCGUCGUCACACCCAGCGGCGAGGGGAGCAGUAGCGCCAGCAGCAGCGGGGGGCUCACCUGCGUUAUCCGCGUUAGCACCAUCCUCACCACCCCCAGUACCGGCCGCGGAGGGCCGCAGGCACCUCGACGACACCAGCAGCCCCGGCCGACAUGAUCCGCCGCAUGACCACCACCACGACCACCACCACAACCAACUGGCGGUUGGCACGCCUGGCGGCGCCGGCGAAGGAGGAGGUUCCCAGGGUGUUGGGGGCGGCGGUGGCGGUGGGGCCGGCGGCAGCAGCAGCAGCAGUCCGGCUGCUGCCCCCGCCCCUGCUCGGCAGGUGGGGCCGCCGGACGCCAUCAUUCUGAUGCCUGACGGGCUGCAGGUGUGUCUGGGGCAGCGAGUGCACUAGCGGAGGCAGGCGGGCAGGGGGCAGCGCUGCCUCGCCCCGCAAGCAGCAGCUGCAGCGGCAGGGCGCCGGCUGGGGAGUGCGGCUGGGGCCUGGAGGGUGGCGGCUUGGCCGACGUUGUUGGGUAGCGGUGGCUGUUGUAUCGGUAUUGGCUGUUGUGUGUACAUGUGAUCUGGCUGCUGCGCGCGAGUGUGACGAGCUGGUUUGCUUUAUUGGUGUGUUUUGGGGGCCGUUGGGGUGAAGGACUUGAAGUGGGGCCGUCGCUGACCUCCCAAGCCCAACAGCAAGCGGAGGCGGCGCGCAUGUGAGGGAAGGAAGGGUACAUGCAGGGGGCUGGGAGCUGUCGUGAGCCCGGCGGAGGGGGCACAGCGGGUGUGUCGUACGGCAGCUAGUGCAGCUAGUACAGCACUGGUACGGCAACGGGGAGUACGACAGGGUGUGCAUUCUCUUGACCCAGAAAGGUGGCAUGUGUGGAUUACAAGAUAAAAGACGAAGAGUCGUGAAGAUGAAGCGUCCUGAGGGACCUACGUCACCCAAACGGUGUACACAAACAUUGAAACAUUGAAACGUACGAGAGGGGCAGUGCAUGCAGAGUGUGGCGGAGGACGAGGGGACGAGGGUUCCAGGAUCCGUUUGUUCCGUUGUGGCGUCGUGACCAACUGUUUGCGAGGCCUGUUGCUGGUUGGGUAGGGCCAGGAGGACGGGGUCAAACUACGGUGCAUCCGCGGUCUUGGGAUACUGGGGUGCAAAACGGUGCUUGGGCUGUUUUGUUUGGCUACUGUUUUGUAGAUACAAGCACACUCUUGUCAUGGUAGACUGCUGUAGCGGCUAUAAUUGUGCAGUUGUGUGCCUUAGCGAGGGGCUUGCUUUUCGCUUGAUACAUACACGUCACAUGCCAACGUGUGCAUGCCGUACAAAUUGGACCCCUUCCUACCCUUUCUUCUAUGAAUUGAAUGAAAAAGAUAAGGUAUUUUGGUAUAUGGUUGUUAGGUAUUCUAGGUUAGAUCAGUGACGUUGCUAUACCCGGCCGCCAACACGUGGCAGCGGUGACAUCCAGCAGAUGAUGAGCAACAACAUGAAGGACCGGGGGCAGCUGUCGUGCUGCGCCAUGUUUUCAGGUAGCUACUGUCAGGCAGCAGUAGGCAUCUUCCUGUGUGGUUUGCGAUAUGGCAACGGUGAACAGGGGUUUCGGGCUGGGCGCCUAUUAUUCCGCCAGGUCGAGAGUUGGGGUGGAGGUUGGAACGUUGGGUUAUGUAGAUUCUUUCUUGUGUUGCUUAAGUUCAGGCAUGGCUACGGUGCCGUGUGGGUGAAGGCUUUACCCCAUCGGUGAGUACACGCCGAUGGGACUUCCCUGCCGCUGACCCGCUGUGUGCCGAACUCGCACACCUUGAUGGUUGGGUGCGCAUGUUGACGUGGUCGACGGACAUUGUGCCGAAUACGUACCUUGAGUCCUCGGUAGGGCGCGACAGAUUUCAUGCAUAUUAUGUAUGAAAGUCAAGGGGUAUAGUUUUGUAGUUGGGACCGCGACCUAACGCGGGGAGCUUGCCACCGGCAUUCCUGCGUAAGUAGCAGGAGGUCUGCUAAAACUCCACUUGUUUAUGAAGUUUAUG